UGCGCCGUCACUGUUGCUCUUUUUUUUUUUUUUUAAGGACUAUUUUCACCUCAGCAGAGCACAGAUCAUAACAUCCAUUUCUGAUGCUCAAAGUGAUGCCAGCAAAGACAACGAUGACCUACCAAAAAGGAGGCUAGGUCUUUGCGCAAGUUAGGACUAAUGGAUUAUGGUGGUCAGUUUGGGAUGGAGGACAGUAUAAUGUCACAAGCGGUUGAUCUCUGUGACAAUCUUCCAGUAAACCUAAAUAAGCUUGCACAAACACAGAGUAGACUUGCAUCGGAUAAUGAAAAUGGUGGGCAACAAGAUUCAAUGCAAAAAGCCCCUUUUAACUGCAAAGACUAUGAGCAAAACAAACUUGACAAGGACAUCUGGGUGGGACAGCUGGAGGAAGACCAGGAUGAGGUGAUGAAGGAAGAAGAGGACAUCUCAGAGGAUUUGAGUUUAAUUCGCUGCCAAUCCCCAGAAACUCCCAUGACUGAUUCUUCUUAUUCAGAAACAGGAAGUCUACUGGAGACACCCUAUGCCCUCAGUCCUGGAACCAGUACAGAACCUGCCCCCUCCCUCUCUCUCAUAGAAGGCCCAGACAAAGAAAACCAGAGCAGUGAAUUAGAUUUGGGUUAUAGCAAUUCAGAUUUAUCUGUAACAAAACCUGGUAGUUCAGAAAAAUAUACUGAAAAUAUCUUGGACCGUAAUUUGAAUCCUAAAAUUGGGCCCAGUCCAAAUCAAAUACUGCAAUGUGUUUCAAUUGAGGAUAGUCACUAUAGUGGUUCUGGAGAUUGGGAAACUCUUUCCUUUGCUGAAAUGGAAACUUCCAAGCCAAGUUGCAAUAAAGAGAUCAACAUGAAUCAAGAACCAUCACAACUCGUUGGAUUUCUUGAUCAGCUGUCAAAAAGGGGUGACGAUACACAUCUCCCUCUUUACCUGCAUCAGAUUGCUGAGGCCUUUGUCUCUCAUGAAGACUAUCAAAGGGCAAUCUGGUGCGUACAACUUGAGAGACUCUACCACCAGAGACUACUGGAUAAUUUGAGUGCACUACAGAAACAGUGGGAGACUCGGUGCAACACGGCAGUCUCUGCCCCAGCAGCCCAACAUCUGGACACUCUCAGGCAGAUCUGCCUAACACACAGUUGGCCAAAGUCGAGUGAUGCUGUGUGUGCUUCUCUGGAUCAUUUGAUAGUGCCUUCAUGCAGCUCAGACUGUCAAGCUAAGGGAACAAUGGAGCAAUUGAAAAGAGCGGAGGACUCCUCUGGGAGCUCUUUACUGUCACCCUCUAUUGAUCUGGGGGGUAAAUUGGAGUCUUUUGAGGUCACAGAGUGUGAUCAGGAAGACGGUAAAUCAGAAAGGAAAGACACUUUCCACCAAGCUCAGUUGAAUGAGGAGGGCUGUAAAGGAGAUGAGCCAGAGGGUGGGCCGGAAGGCACCAUGUCAGCUCAAGAAGAUGGGGGUCCCCCCUCAUGCACUGAUGACAUGGACCAGUCCAAAACCGCAGAGCAGCAAGAAGGAGGUCUGAGUCCAGCCCAAGAGCAGGAGGCAGAUACAGAGGAGCCACGGGAUGUAGAGGAGGCCACAGAAGCUCUGGAGAUGGACGAUGAGGAAGAAGGAGAGGAGGAAGGCCAGAAUGGAAAAGCUUUUACUUUUUGUCCAGAGAGGCUUCCAGUGGAAACAGUUGUUAGUGCGGCAGCAGUGGAAAUCCGACUACAGGAAUCCAGAAGUGAGCCGGAGGAAACCCAGCUGAGCCCAGAAGACGCACAGGACAUUGGUAAAAUCUGUCUGCCCCCUGAGAUGCCUGUUUCUGAAGAUGAUGACCUAAAUGAGCCCUUCCUGGAUGAUGAAAAAGAAGAAGAGGAAGAGGACUACGAGGUUGAACAGGCGGAUCUCCUCCGAGCAGCUGCUGCAUUAGACAACCUGGCAAAAAUGAUCACUGUAGAAGAACUGGUUCCUGCUCCUGGUUUAGUGUCUAUUUUGAAGAAGAGAGUGUCCAGUCCAGCAUCUGCAGGUGCAGAACAUCAGAGCAAUAAACUGCCAACCAAACGACGAGUUCGCUUCAAAGUUCCCGAUGAUGGCUUUGACAACGAGAUGGGUGGUGGAGACUCUUGCCUCCUCCUCUUCCUUCUGUGCCUGGUCACUGUUGUGAUCAGUAUUGGAGGUACAGCUCUUUACUGUGCACUAGGAGACCCGCACUCCUCAGUCUGUCAGGACUUUUCCAGAAAUGCAGACUUCUACUUUGGUCAGAUCCAACGCGGAAUAUCUCAAAUCCAACACUGGUUUACUCCAACCUCAUAGUCGGGCAUUCCUGCUGCACACUGGGUAUGUCCACUCAGCUUCACCUUAGGAUAUUUCUUUCUGCUUAAGUGGCAUAAAAUGCAAACUAAUCAUUCUGCAUUUAUGAAGAUCUGGCCAACCUUUGCAUUGGCUAAGCCUGAGAAUGAAAAAAGUGGGUUUUUGAAGUCCAGAUGAAAAAAGCUAAAUCUGCCAAUCUCUCUGUCAAAAACCUUGACCCUGGACUUUAAACCCUAUAAAAUAUGGUUUGAAUGUAAAUAUUACAGUAACGUAUUGUUAAAAGGGCAUGUAGAUGCUGUCUGCACAAACUGCACAAAUAGGAAGGAGCUGGUGCUGAAUGCUCAAAAAGCAUUGUGUUUAUUACUUGGAAUGAAUUCCACAUGUAACAAUGUCUUUACUAUUUAUUUGGAUGUUUACAUAUUUUGUAAACCUUUUUAUCUAAAGGCAUUUGCGUGUAGCCAGUUAAAAAAUGUAGUAAAAUAACUAAACAUCGAACAUUUGCCCAACAAAUUGCUUAUUCUUUGUGUAGCAUUUACCGUAUGUGUAGGAACCAAAUUUUAAUGUACUCUUUUAAAAGAAUGUUUGAGCAACACUGGUACUUCUGUAACUCUAGGUUUUUCACAGCAGUCUUAUUUUUUAUUUGUAAUGUCCAAUACAAUAAUGCAUCUUGCAGCAGGUAUUUAUUUCUCAUUUGGUUUUUAGUUUGUUAUUUUUAACACCAAACUAUCCUGUGGCCCACUCACACAUUAACUCUUAUAUUAUUUGCUCUUAAUGAGCUCUGACCCUAUGGUGAAGAAUCACUGCCCCACACACCAUCACAGACAGUUCAUACUAUGCAUUCUCAGUAUUACCUUUUAAAAGGUGGUAAGUUUUAAUAAAGAAACAUUCUUCAGAUCUGAGGAUUUUGCAGGGACAACAGAUCCAUUGUUUUAUUUGCACCUUGUCUGGCUGGUUCAGACCUUUUUAACUCCUAAGCGUUAUCUUUUAAUUUUGUUAUUUAUUAUACAGAUGUUUAAUUUUAAUUUUCCAAUUUAUUUCUCUCUCCUUUUUCAUGGUUUGAUAUAAAAAUGAAUGAUUUAAUGUAGAUAAAAGGAUUAACAGUUGUAUAUAAAAAUGUAAAUCAAAUUUCAUUCUCAGUGAAUGUUUCAAAAAUGUCUUUUGUGUAAGAUAUCAAUGAAUGAUUAUGUUAAUACUUUUAUUACUGGUGAGAAACUUUGAUUGUUUCUGUAAACUGCCUUUUCUUGUAUUGAAUAAAACAUUUGACA